AUGUCCGCGUCGAACCUGCCUCUCUCUCCCACCUCCUCUUCAAGCGGCGGUUUCCACCCCGAUUUGACGAGCGCUUCUGGUUUGAAUCGUAAAGCUAUCCCUUCUGAUACUUUAAUUCCUCUGGCGGAUCUGGAAUCGUCUUCCUUUGGCCUGCCCCCCACUCCCAAAACUCCUGACUUUGGAUUGGAGGCUCCUGCGGUUCCUUACGCAAAUGGAACGUAUACACGUCAUGUCCACUCUCAACCUGGUUACACAAAGAAUAAUGCAAAUACACGCAAGGAGCAAAAUCGGAACGCCCAACGUGCGUUUCGAGCAAGGAAAGAGAAGCACCUCCAAGAUCUUCAAGAUCGAAUUGAUGAAAUGGUUGCAAAGCAGGAGCCUCUUCUAGAAGAGAAUCGGUGCUUGAAGCAGCUCGUUCAUCAAUUGGAAGAGGAAAAUCGUACCUUGAAUACUUAUAAGACAGUCUUCGAGUUGAUGGCUUCCCAUAAUUUUCUUAUUACUACGUCUCCACCUCAAGCUGAAAUGCAAUCGGAGUUGUCUCCGACCUUCCGCGCUAGCAAUGGUUACCCACAAUCCACUCCCCCAUCGCAAUUAUCAUCCCUCAGAAAGAAUGUGACAAACAAUAAUAAUCUGGACACUGGUUCGCACUCGAUCGCCUCACAGUCCUCCGCACAUUCUUGUCUAUUUCAAACAACUCCCCCCGGUGCAUCUCAACUACUUCCACCACAUGACUACCCCGAUAUGGCUUCGAUUCUACCUCCCCCAGCUAUGCCGGGGUACAACUCAAAUACCAUAGAAUCUGUCGAGAUAUGCCAAUUUCCAAAUAGCAACUACUUGGAGCCAAAACAACCUCAACCAGAAACUCUUACACUUUUGGGACUCCUUCAGUUCCCUGCGGCUCUUUGA